AGAUGAUCCUUUUAGAGAUAUGACAUGUAAGGAUUGUAACAACAAAGGGCAUGCAAAUAAGGAGUACUUCAAGUGUAAAUUCUUUAAGGAAGCUUCUGUUGAUGAUGUUGGAACAUCAACUAGAAAAAGACGCCAAACUACGCGUCUUAAGGAAGACAAACAAAGAGUAAAAAGGAGUAAACAAGACACAGGCUCAAUAUCAAAUAGCUGUACGAAUUGUGGACAAGUGGGUCACAAGUCAACAAGAUCACGUGAAUGCCCUUCGCAUGAGCUCUCAAAGUCUGAAGUAUUUACGAAGAAUCUUGAGUUUCCUUAUAAACCGUUCAACAGGAAAAUUCCAUUUGAUUGUGUAAUCAAUAAUGAUUACAAAGAUAUACUCAAGAACAAAAUCAUCACUACUUCCAAAGACAUUCGCAAUAUCGUAUUCAGGUCCAUGCUUCUUACAAAUAGCUACUGUCUAUCGCAGGGUAGUGAAUCAGUGCCUCACGUUAUUUUCAAACAACAAUACUGGUAUUCUAUAUGUCAAUUAGUUAAUGACAAGAAAAUAACAAACAAUGCAAAUAUACCAGUAAAUUUUGUGGCAUUCUGGGAUUCGUUCAGAGUGACACACCCAAACGCAAUAUAUAUAAAAAAAAAGAUACAAAAUGGAGCCAGUCAGUGCUUGGCCGAAGCAUGCACAGAACUGGCAACAUGUUAUACAAACCAUAUAGUCGAAAUGUUUGAGACACGAUUAUUGCGCUAUUUUCGCUAUAUUUUGCAGAAUUUAUUAGAGAGAACAUCGUCACAGGAUAUCUUUAAGAUUUCAAAAGAUUUUUGUUAUCAAUUUACCUAUGGCGGCAACCCCAAAUGGCCGGUUGAUGUCCCAAAUGACAAAAAGCAAUUAAUUAUUAAAAUGUGUCAAGUGCUGCAAAAUUUAAUCCAUGAAAAACCCACUUUGGCUAAUAUGAUUAAACCCCCCCCAGAAGUUUAUUAAAGUUUUAGAUCAUAUUUUAUUAGAACACGAGACUGAACAUAAAAAGCAAAGUGAUCUAUCUGAAGAACGACAACUGCCCAGAUUAUUCAGUUUAUACCCAAACCCGUCGUUACACUUUCGCUAUAUCACAAUUUCAAUAA